UCCUGACAUAGCAGCCGCCUCCCGCGCGGGCCGACCCUGGGGCUGCGCGCACAGGCUGGAACAGCCAGAGCGUCGGCGCCACUGCCGGGUGCACACCUCUGCCGCCGAGCUGAGUCGAAUCGAGCCGGGGCGGAUCCUCGGUUCCGACUGCGCCGGGCAUCCGCGGGCCGCAGCGGUGCUCUGGGCCCAGGUGCUGCUGGCCUUUGUCCAGGCGGGUGUGUGCAAGUCUCGGAAGCAUGAGGACGCUGGAAGACUCCUCGGGAACAGUCCUGCACCGCCUCAUCCAGGAGCAGCUACGCUAUGGCAACCUGACUGAGACCCGCACGCUGCUGGCCAUCCAGCAGCAGGCUCUGCGGGGUGGAGCUGGGGGCACAGGGAGCCCCCAAGCCUCCUUGGAAAUCCUGACACCUGAGGAUAGUCAGGUGCUGCAGCAGGCCACAAGACAAGAACCCCAGGGCCAGGAGCACCAGGGUGGCGAGGCCCACCUGACAGAGAAUACCCUCUACCGGCUGUGCUCACAGACCAGCAAGGGCGAGGAGCUGCCCACCUAUGAGGAGGCCAAAGCCCAUUCACAGUACUACGCAGCCCAGCAGGCGGGGCCCAGGCCACACAUUGGGGACCGGGAGCCACGUGGGGCCCUGGGAAGCAGUCGGAGGCAAGAUGAGGCUCUGAAAGAGCUGAGGCAUGGGCAUGUGCGCUCCCUGAGUGAGCGGCUCCUGCAACUGUCCCUGGAGAGGAACGGUGCCCGGGCCCCUAACCACAUGAGCUCCUCCCACAGCUUCCCGCAGCUGGCCCGCAACCAACAGGGACCCCCACCCAGGGGCCCCCCUGCUGAGGGUCCAGAGACCCGCGGACCCCCACCUCAGUAUCCACACGUCGUACUAGCUCAUGAGACCAUUGCUGCCUUCCCUGGUCCAAGGGCAUGCUCAUGGGAACCAUCUCACUCCACCCGUGGCAACCCGCACUUCCAGCAUGCUGAAGUCAGGAUCCUGCAGACCCAGGUGCCCCCUGUAUUCCUUCAACAACAGCAGGAACAGCAGUACCAGUCCAUGCAGCAGCCCCAAGAGCACCCCGCACUCCCGCACCCUGCUGCUCUUAGUCACGGACCACUGGGUUCCCUCAGUCCACCUGGAGUGGAAGGGCCAGCAAGUACCCAGGUCUCCUUGGCUACCUCGGGCAGUGCCCACCUGGCUCAGAUGGACACUAUGCUGAGGGAAAAUGCCAGGCUGCAGAGAGACAAUGAGAGGCUGCAGAGAGAACUGGGGAGUUCCAUGGAGAAAGCUGGUCGCAUGGAGAAGCUGGAGAGUGAAAUCCAGAGGCUCUCUGAGGCCCAUGAGAGCCUGACAAGAGCCUCUUCAAAGCGUGAGGCACUGGAGAAGACCAUGAGGAACAAGAUGGACAGCGAGAUGAGGAGGCUGCAGGACUUCAACCGCGAUCUUCGAGAGAGAUUGGAAUCUGCAAACCGCCGUCUGGCGAGCAAGACACAGGAGGCCCAGGCGGGCAGUCAAGACAUGGUGGCCAAGCUGCUUGCUCAGAGCUACGAGCAGCAGCAGGAGCAGGAGAAACUGGAGCGGGAAAUGGCAUUGCUGCGCGGGGCCAUUGAGGACCAGCGUCGGCGUGCCGAGCUGCUAGAGCAGGCCCUGAGCAAUGCACAGGGCCGGGCUGCAAGGGCUGAAGAGGAGUUGCGCAAGAAACAGGCCUAUGUGGAGAAGGUGGAGAGGCUGCAGCAGGCACUCGGGCAGUUGCAAGCUGCCUGUGAGAAGCGGGAGCAGCUGGAGCUACGUCUGCGGACCCGCCUGGAGCAGGAACUCAAGGCUCUGCGAGCACAACAGAGACAGGCGGGCACCCUCAGCAGUGGCAGUGGUGGGUCCCAGGAACUGAGCGCCUUGAGGCUGUCAGAGCAACUGCGGGAGAAAGAGGAGCAGAUCCUGGCACUGGAAGCUGACAUGACCAAGUGGGAACAGAAGUACCUAGAGGAACGUGCCAUGAGGCAGUUUGCCAUGGAUGCAGCUGCCACAGCCGCUGCUCAGCGCGACACCACCCUCAUUCGACACUCCCCCCAGCCCUCGCCCAGCAGUAGCUUCAACGAGGGCCUGCUUGCCGGCGGCCACAGGCACCAGGAGAUGGAGAGCAGGUUAAAAGUGCUCCAUGCUCAGAUCCUGGAGAAGGAUGCAGUGAUCAAGGUUCUUCAGCAACGCUCCAAGAAAGACCCUGGCAAGGCCACCCAGGGCUCCCUGCGGCCUGCUAAAUCCGUUCCAUCCAUAUUCGUAGCUGCAGCAGCGGGAACCCAGGGCUGGCAAGGGGUGUCGUCUAGUGAGCGGCAGGCAGAUGCCCCUGCCCAUUUGGCUACAGCACACAGGGCCCCUGCAGAGGAGCCCAUGGCCUCAGCCCUCCUCCCUGCCCAUGCCAAACAUGGGAGCAAAGAUGGGAGCACCCAAACUGAUGGCCCUCCAGACAGCAGCUCUGCCUGCUUGCCACUGGAGCCUGACAGCCUUCUGGGGUGCAGCAAUGGCCAGAGGACAGCCUCACUGGACUCUGUAGCUACAUCCAGAGUCCAGGACUUGUCAGACAUGGUGGAGAUACUGAUCUGA